AUGGGAGCUUCUAGAAGGUGGGACUUCCCUGCCAGAGUGGUGCUGACCAUCAGCGGGCUCAUCCUGUCCACGCUCCACAGGGCCACAUGCACAGCCGAGUGCCCAGAUCAGAGCCCUGAGCUACAGCCCUGGAGCCCUGGCCAUGACCCAGAUCACCAUGUCUACAUUGGCCAGGACAAGAUGCUGCUCCUAACCUCUUCCGCCACGGUCUACUCCAUCCACAUCUCUGAAGGAGGGAAGCUGGUCAUUAAAGACCACGAUGAGUCAAUUGUCCUGCGCACACGGCACAUCCUGAUUGAUGAGGGAGGAGAACUGCAUGCCGGGAGUGCCCACUGCCCUUUCCAGGGCAACUUCAGCAUCGUCUUGUAUGGCAGGGCUGACGAGGAGGUUCUGCCGGACCCUUACUUUGGCCUGAAGUACAUCGGAGUGGGCCGAGGAGGCACCCUCGAGUUGCACGGGCAGAAAAAGCUCUCCUGGACCUUCCUGAGCAAGACCCUUCACCCGGGGGGCAUGGAGGAGGGAGGCUACUUUUUCGAAAGGAGCUGGGGUCAUCGAGGAGUCAUCGUGCAUGUCAUUGAUGCCAAGUCUGCAACAGUCAUCCAUUCUGACAGAUUUGACACCUACAGAUCCAAGAAAGAGAGUGAACGGCUGGUCCAGUAUUUGAAUGCGGUGCCUGAGGGCAGAAUCCUUUCUGUUGCAGUGAAUGAUGAAGGAUCUCGAAACCUGGACGACUCAGCCAGGAAGGCCAUGACCAGAUUGGGCAGCAAACACUUCCUACACCUUGGAUUCAGACACCCUUGGAGUUUCAUUACAGUGAAAGGAAACCCUUCCUCCUCAGUUGAAGACCAUAUUGAAUAUCACGGACACCACGGCUCUGCAGCCGCCCAGGUCUUCAAGCUGUUCCGGACGGAGCACGGGGAGCACUUCAACGUCUCUUCAUCCAGCGAGUGGGUUCAAGAUGUGGAAUGGACCGAGUGGUUUGAUCAUGAUAAAGUGAAUCAUAACAAAGGUGGGGAGAAAAUUUCCGACCUCCGGGCAGCUCACCCAGGAAAGAUCUGCAACCGCCCCAUUGAUAUACAGGCCACGUCAGCAGAUGGCGUUAACCUCACCACUGAGGUCGUCUACAAAAGAGGCCAGGAUUAUAGGUUUGUGUGCUACAACCAUGGGCGAGCCUGCCACAGCUACCGUGUGAGGUUCCUCUGUGGCAAGCCUGUGAGGCCCAAGCUCACGGUCACCGUGGACACCAACGUGAACAGCACCAUCCUGAGGCUGGAGGACAACGUGCAGUCAUGGAAGCCCGGGGACACACUGGUCGUUGCCAGUACUGACUACUCCAUGUACCAGGCAGAAGAGUUCCAGGUGCUUCCAUGCAGAGCCUGCACGCCCAACCAGGUCAAAGUGGCAGGGAAACCCCUGUACAUGCACAUCGGAGAGGAGAUCGAUGGUGUGGACAUGCGAGCUGAGGUCGGGCUCCUGACCCGGAACAUCGUGGUGAUGGGGGAGAUGGAAGAGGAAUGCUACCCCUACAGCAACCACAUCUGCAACUUCUUUGACUUUGACACCUUUGGAGGCCACAUCAAGUUUGCACUGGGGUUUAAGGCAGCGCACCUGGAGGGUGUGGAGCUGAAGCACAUGGGACAGCAGCUGAUAGGACAGUACCCGAUUCACUUCCACCUGGCAGGUGACGUGGAUGAAAAGGGAGGCUAUGACCCGCCCACAUACGUGAAAGAGCUCUCCAUCCACCACACGUUCUCUCGCUGUGUCACCGUCCACGGCUCCAAUGGCCUCUUGAUCAAGGACGUUGUGGGCUAUCACUCUUUGGGCCACUGCUUCUUCACAGAAGAUGGACCAGAGGAGCGCAACACCUUUGACCACUGUCUUGGUUUACUUGUCAAGUCUGGGACCCUCCUGCCUUCUGACCGUGACAGCAAGAUGUGCAAGAUGAUUACAGAAGACUCCUAUCCAGGCUACAUCCCCAAGCCCAGGCAGGACUGCAACGCUGUGUCCACAUUCUGGAUGGCCAAUCCCAACAACAACCUCAUCAAUUGUGCUGCCGCAGGAUCUGAGGAGACUGGAUUUUGGUUCAUUUUCCACCAUGUACCGACGGGCCCCUCGGUGGGGAUGUACUCCCCCGGUUAUUCAGAGCACAUUCCUCUGGGAAAAUUCCAUAACAACCGGGCACAUUCCAACUACCGGGCCGGCAUGAUAAUUGACAAUGGAGUCAAGACCACUGAGGCCUCUGCCAAGGACAAGCGGCCCUUCCUGUCCAUCAUCUCUGCCAGAUACAGCCCUCACAAGGAUGCUGACCCGCUGAAGCCCAGGGAGCCAGCCAUCAUCAAGCACUUCAUCGCCUACAAGAACCAGGACCAUGGGGCCUGGCUGCGGGGUGGGGACGUGUGGCUGGACAGCUGCCGGUUUGCGGACAAUGGCAUUGGCCUGACUCUGGCCAGUGGUGGGACCUUCCCGUAUGAUGAUGGCUCCAAGCAAGAGAUAAAGAACAGCUUGUUUGUUGGCGAGAGCGGCAAUGUGGGAACAGAGAUGAUGGACAACCGCAUCUGGGGCCCAGGCGGCCUGGACCACAGUGGAAGGACCCUCCCGAUAGGCCAGAAUUUUCCAAUCCGAGGAAUUCAGUUCUACGACGGCCCCAUCAACGUCCAGAACUGCACUUUCCGCAAGUUUGCAGCCUUGGAGGGCCGGCACACCAGCGCCCUGGCCUUCCGCCUGAACAACGCCUGGCAGAGCUGCCCCCAUAACAACGUGACCAGCAUUACCUUUGAGGAUGUCCCGAUUACGUCCAGAGUGUUCUUUGGAGAGCCUGGGCCCUGGUUCAACCAGCUGGACAUGGAUGGGGAUAAGACAUCUGUAUUCCACGAUGUGGACGGCUCGGUGUCCGAGUACCCCGGCUCCUACCUCACCAAGGAUGACAACUGGCUGGUGCGGCACCAAGACUGCAUCAACGUGCCCGACUGGAGGGGGGCCAUCUGCAGCGGACGCUACGCACAGAUGUACAUUCAGGCCUACAAGUCGAGUAACCUAAGGAUGAAGAUCAUCAAGAAUGACUCCCCCAGCCACCCUCUCCUCCUGGAAGGGGCCCUCACCAGGAACACACACUACCAGCAGUACCAGCCGGUCAUCACCCUGCACAAGGGCUACACCAUCCACUGGGACCAGACAGCGCCCGCCGAGCUCGCCAUCUGGCUCAUCAACUUCAACAAGGGUGACUGGAUCCGAGUGGGGCUCUGCUACCCCCGAGGCACCACCUUUUCCAUCCUCUCGGACGUCCACAAUCGCCUGCUAAAGCAAACUUCCAAGACUGGCACAUUCAUAAGGACCUCACAGAUGGAAAAAGUGGAGCAGAGCUAUCCCGGCAGGAGCCACUACUACUGGGACGAAGAGUCAGGGCUGUUGAUCCUGAAGUUGAAAGCUCAGAAUGAGAGAGAAAAGUUUGCCUUCUGCUCUGUGAAAGGCUGCGAGAGAAUCAAGAUUAAGGCUCUGAUCCCGAAGCAGGCGGGUGUCAGCGACUGCACGGCCACGGCCUACCCCAAGUACGCUGAGAGGGCUGUGGUGGACGUGCCCAUGCCCAGGAAGCUCUUCGGGCCUCAGCUGAAGACACAGGACCAUUUCUUGGAAGUAAAGAUGGAAAGUUCGAAACAGCUCUACUUCCAUCUCCGCAAUGACUUUGCUUACAUUGAAGUGGAUGGGAAGAAGUACACGAGCUUGGAAGACGGCAUCCAGGUGGUGGUGGUGGAUGGGACCCGAGGACACGUGGUGAGCCACAUGAGCUUCCGGAAUGUCAUCCUCCAGGGCAUUCCAUGGCAGCUCUUCAACUAUGUGGCGUCCGUCCCCGACAAUUCCAUAGUUCUCAUGGCAUCAAAGGGAAGGUACAUCUCCAGAGGCCCAUGGACCAGAGUGCUGGAAAAGCUCGGAGCAGACAAGGGCCUCCGACUGAAAGAGAAAAUGACGUUCAUUGGCUUCAAAGGCAGCUUCCGGCCCAUCUGGGUGACUCUGGACACUGAGGACCACAAGGCCAAGAUCUUCCAAGCAGUGCCCAUCCCUGUGGUGAAGAAGAAGAAGCUGUGA